GGGUUUUGCUGCCUUUGAUUAGACAUCUUCUCUCUACCUCUUGUCUCUCUGCAAUAGCCCGGGAUCGCUGAAAAGAUGCCAGCUUUGCAGCAACGUCCCGGGGAUCUUGCUCUCCUCUGCUGCUUCGCGCUCCUCCUCCCGCUGCUCUCCCAUGGCGCCGACAUCCCGCUGGGGUCGACCCUCUCGCCGCGCAACUCGGCGUCAUGGUCGUCGCCCAACAACACAUUCUCGCUCUCCUUCACGCCGUCCUCGACUUCCCCGUCCCUCUUCGUUGCCGCCAUCACCUACGCCGGCGGGGUCCCCGUCUGGUCCGCGGGCGCCGGCGCCGCCGUUGACUCGGGCGGCUCGCUCCGCCUCUCGUCCAGCGGUGACCUCGAGCUCAUCAACGGAUCUGGGGUCGUGCUCUGGUCGUCCAUGACCGGCGGCCAGGGCGUCACCGCCGCGGCCGUCGAGGAGAGUGGCAACCUCGUGCUCAAGAACUCCAAAACCACCCUGUGGCAGUCGUUCGACCACCCCACGGACACGGUGGUCAUGUCGCAGAAAUUCACCUCCCGGAUGAACCUCACCACCGGCCCCUACGUCUUCUCCGUUGACAAGAGCUCCGGGAACCUGACGCUAAGGUGGACCAGCGAGAACACCGCCGUCACCUACUUCAACAAAGGCUACAACACGUCCUUCACGGGGCACAUGACGCUGAGCUCGCCGACGCUCACGAUACAGACCAACGGCCUCGUGUUGCUGACCGACCUCCGGCUGACGUCGUCCCCGAUCGUGGUGGCGUACAGCAGCAACUACGGCGAGAGCGGCGACAUGCUGCGGUUCCUGCGGCUCGACUCCGACGGCAACCUCCGCGCCUACAGCGCGGCGCGCGGCGGCGACGCGGCGUCGGAGCAGUGGUCGGCGGUGGCGGACCAGUGCCAGGUGUUCGGCUACUGCGGCGACAUGGGCGUGUGCAGCUACAACGGCACGUCGCCGGUGUGCGGGUGCCCGUCGCAGAACUUCCAGCUCAGCAACCCCUCCAACCCGCGCGACGGCUGCAGGCGCAAGGUGGACCUCGAGAACUGCCCCGGCAACACCACCAUGCUCCAGCUCGACAACACGCAGUUCCUCACCUACCCGCCGGAGGUCGCAGCCGAGCAGUUCUUCGUCGGGAUCACCGCCUGCCGCCUCAACUGCCUCGCCGCCGUCUCCUGCGUGGCGUCCACGGCGCUCUCCGAUGGAUCGGGCCUGUGCUGGCUCAAGGUCUCCAACUUCGUGAGCGCCUACCGGUCGCCCGCGCUGCCGAGCACGUCCUUCGUGAAGGUCUGCUUUCCCGGGCUGCCCAACCCGCCCCCAUCGCUGUGAGCUUUGAACUCCUGCGAAAAGCAUCGGUAAAUAGUAAAUAACGGGACUACGGGAGCGUCUACAGAGCAUGUGAGUGUUUUAGGGCUCCCAAGACAUGAUUAACCAUGUAAGUAUAUUUGAGAUCUAUGACUCGUAUUUGAUCUAUCUUUGUACUAAAUAAAAUUAAGGUGGAGUCACUGACACCCGACCCGAUUUUUUAUUUA